GCUCACAGACAGUCAGGCACCCAGAGAGAGACAGAGAUAGAGUAAACCCCAGUGGCAGCAGGCACCUCCAGAGCCCGGGCUGCCCGGCUCCUUCACGUCUUCCAUGAGCUCCAACUUCCAUGAGGAGGUUCUUCAGCAUGGUGCUAAGCAGCCUGGUCAGCACCUCCAAGUGCAGGCCCUGGCUGCAGAAGAGAUCACGGACGCAUGGGAAAGACAAGAUGAAGGCACCACACGGGCCGGCUAAGAUGAUUUUGACUGUAUUUCUAAGUGAAAAUCAACAGCUGCUGACUGAGGUGCCCAUAACUCCAGAGACGCUUUGUAAAGAUGUGGUGGAGUUCUGUAAAGAGGCAGGAGAAAGCGGCUGCCACCUCGCUGAGGUCUGGAGAGGCAAAGAAAGAGCAAUACCCCUAGAUCAACUGAUGUUGGAACACUUACGAAAAUGGGGCCAGAGGAGACAGGAAGUAAAGUUCUACUUGCGUCACGAAGAGUCUUCCAUCACAAACACUGCUCAAGCAGGGGAUCAGACUUCUGAACCGGCCAAUAGGAAGAGCGGGGGGAGAUUAGACAAGCCCUGCGUGAAUGGGGUGGGGAAUCCACAUGUGGAUUUAACGCUGUCAGAACUGCAGGAGAUGGCGAUGAGACAGCAGCAGCAGAUCGAAACCCAGCAGCAGAUGCUCAUUGCUAAGGAGCAGCGUUUGCGGUAUCUGAAACAGCAGGACCCUCGCCAGGGCCAUUCGGUGCCUGAGAGUGAGAAACUCCAGCGGUUGAGGGAAAGAGUGGACAGUCAGGAAGCCAAACUCAAGAAGGUCCGUGCCAUGAGGGGCCAGGUGGACUACAGCAAGCUUAUCAAUGGCAACCUGGCUGCAGAAAUUGAGCACGUAAGCGGAUUGUUCCAGGAAAAGCAGGCAGAAUUGCAGUCGGCCAUGCUGAAGGUGGAUCAACUCACGCAGCAGAUAGACGACCUGCGACGGGGACGUCUCAAUGGCCUGCAGCCUCUAGGAGGACCGGUGACCAGCAAUGCUGCGCUGGAACUCCGUAAACUUUACCAGGAACUGCAGAUCCGGAACAAGCUAAACCAGGAACAGAACAGCAAGCUGCAGCAGCACAAGGAUAUGCUUAACAAGCGUAACAUGGAGGUGACCAUGAUGGAUAAGCGUAUCGGGGACCUCAGAGAGCGUCUCUACAAGAAAAAAGCAGAGCUUGGGCGAAUAAGCACCCCUCCCUCCCCUCAGCCCACCCCUGGCACUUCGGGACGGGUGGCUGCAGUUUGUCCCUACAUCCAGGUGCCGGUGCGACAAGAAGGAGGCUACAAUUUACCUCCUGAUCCUUUGAAACCACAGUCUCUCUCCGCCACAGUCAAUCAUGCUCGCUCUAAGUCAGAGGAAGAAAGGGUGAGGAUGCCUGCAGGCCCAUGGAAGGUCUCAGAUUUAGACAUCAUAGCGGACCCUCUGGUGUCAACAUCUGACCCUAGAGAGGGGCCCGAAGCCCCCUCAGGCUCCGACUGUACUUCUUCUAAUGAUGCAAACUGGCCCUCCUUCAUCAAUAAUAGGGUUCAUCUGAAACCCCCAGACUGGAAGGAUACAAGUCCAGAUCCCACCAGCAAGAUGGGGACCUCGGACAAGGAAGCCCCUAAGCUGUUAGGGACAGUAACAGCAUUGUCUAAGCAGCCUCCGCCCAUCUAUGGCACUUAUCCGAGUGCUGGUCAUCACUCUACAGUCUGUGCCACCAGCUCUUUGCCUCGCUCUGUUCCUGGCACCUUAGGCUGGCAGAGAGCACCCCCUGCCUCUGGCUCCUCCUCACAGCAGAUUCAACAUCGGAUAACAGUGCCUCCCAGCCCCACGCCUGGGUCAGCUCUCUUCCCUCAGACUGAAAGGACAGAGCCUCCUCUGGCUGUGGCGGUGCGGCCUUUCAUUCCGGAUAGAGGCUCUCGGCCCCAGUCUCCACGAAAGGGUCCUGCCACUAUGAACUCCAGUUCCAUAUACAACAUGUACCUGCAGCACCCUACAGCCAAAAACUACUCCAGCAGUAGCAGAGCUGCUGUCAAAGCAGUAUAUGGAAAACCAGUCCUACCAAGUUCCACUUCUCCUUCGCCAGUUCCCCAUUGCCAGCAGUCGUCCAGAGAUGAGGUGGACAAAGAAGCGGACCAAGAGACUGCUCCCCUACCUCCACCCGGUGUGGAGAACAUCCCUCGCCCUCUCAGCCCUACCAAAUUGACCCCUGUGGCCCAUUCCCCUCUCCGUUACCAAAGUGACAUUGAUCUAGAGGUACUGAGAAGGAAAUUAGCCAAUGCCCCACGGCCGCUAAAGAAGCGAAGCUCCAUCACAGAGCCAGAAGGACCAACUGGGCCUAACAUCCAGAAACUUCUAUAUCAGCGCUUCAAUACCCUUGCAGGAGGCAUUGAGGGUGGAGUGGGUGGUACACCGUUCUUCCAGCCUGACAGUCCUCUUAGCUAUAUGGAGACAUCCAUGGGUGAUGGGGAAGCUGCCAACAAGAACCUGAUAGAGGCAAAUAUGUUAGCUGGGUCUUCAGCAGAGGCGCCUAUUCCAGACCCACCUACCACCUGUUCUGCAUCACCUACAGCUGACGCCAGUGAAAACCUGCUGACACAUCCAGCCACUGAGUCAGGCGGUACUCAGUCUGCUGAUGCCUCAGCUUCUACUGUUAAGGACACCCCUGAGGACAAUCAUAACAACAACCACACAAGUGUUACAGACACACAACUGAACACUGUACCAGAGGCUCAAUCUCCUGCAGAGCAGGAGACCACAGCACAGUCAGGCACCCCUCCUGGUGUAUCUCCGGUCAAGCGCACCAACCUGAAGAAGCCUGGCUCCGAGCGGACUGGUCAUGGCCUAAGGGUCAAAUUCAAUCCUCUUGCAUUGCUUUUGGAUGCAUCUCUGGAGGGCGAGUUUGACUUGGUGCAAAGGAUUAUCUAUGAGGUGGACAAUCCCAGCACUCCAAAUGAUGAGGGUAUAACCCCUCUCCAUAACGCAGUAUGUGCAGGUCACCACCAUAUCGUGAAGUUCCUGCUGGACUUUGGGGUUAAUGUCAAUGCAGCAGACAGUGAUGGAUGGACGCCCCUGCAUUGUGCAGCCUCAUGCAACAAUGUUCAUCUCUGCAAGCUGCUGGUGGAGUCUGGAGCUGCCAUUUUUGCCACUACUAUUAGUGAUGUGGAAACGGCGGCGGACAAGUGCGAAGAAAUGGAAGAGGGUUACAUCCAGUGCUCACAGUUCCUAUAUGGUGUGCAGGAGAAGCUGGGCGUGAUGAAUAAGGGGACGGUAUAUGCCCUGUGGGACUAUGAAGCACAAGGUGCAGAUGAGCUGUCGUUCCGUGAGGGAGACGCUCUCACCGUAAUGAGUCGUAGGGAUGACAGCGAGACUGAGUGGUGGUGGGCCAAGCUCAAUGACAAAGAGGGCUACGUUCCACGCAACUUAUUAGGGUUGUACCCAAGGAUCAAACCCAGGCAACGUUCCUUGGCAUAGGUGGCCAGAAGAGACAGAGCAAGUUCCUAUAACAGCACUUGGCAAGAAACUGCAGAAUGGUGCUGUGCCCUGUCCAUUACCACAACACAGAGGCCACAGAGGUCGCCAGAUGAUGGAGCACUUCUGAUGUCAGAAGAGAUGGAUUCGCCCGAGAGCUGGGAAUUCAGCCGUCUUCCUUUUGCAUCCAAGAUUUUAUUCGUCACUUUGAUGUGUUGUUUUUGCAGUGUCCCUCUUAAUCAUAGCUCUGUUGAGGAAUGUGCUAGCUUUUCUGUCCUGUCCCAGAGUGUCAACCUCCAGAGUGUACCGCAUGUGUGUGUGUGGGUAUACGAGAGGGAUGUGGCUGUCAGUAGGACGUGAAUGUGAUGAUAAGGGUUCGUGACAGAGUGUGCAAACUUGGAUUCCAGUGUACGUGCUCUGUAAUUAUUAUCAGGUGGAAAGGAAACCAAAGGGACCGAUGUUUCAUUUCCCAUGGUUAGGAAGUUGCUGAUUUAGAGAAAAGGAAGGAAAGUGGAGAAAGUGUUUUGAAAGAGACCUUGAGGCUGGUCAAGCUACUAUUGGAUAAUAAGGAAGUGGCCUGAUCUGGAUACUGUAUAUUUUUGUAUUUGGAGGAUUAUGUGGGCCUGAGGAGGUAAAGUUGUGUACUAGUCAGGAUGCUGACAGAAAAGUUUUGCCAUUUAAAAAAAAAGCUAUUGCAGUGGCUGUUUUUCCAUCAACCAAGAGGAUAUUGAUAACAUAUCACAUUAUCCUGUACUCCUGUGCUUCCCAUAAGUUAGGCUUUAUUUUUUUAAGCUAAAUGAUAUUUUCUCUCUUUAAGGAUUGUUUAUUUAAAAGAGAUAAAACGAAAUUCUUACUGUCGGAACAGGUUUGUGCUGUCAUAUGAGAGCCAUUUAAGCAACAUGUCAUGUAAAUCUGCACAAUAAAAAAUUCCACAUUGGGACAAACUCA